AUGUUGAGUCUGCCCAGCCCGAGCGAGGUGGCUUUCCUGCCUCACGACUCUUCCGUGGGCGAACUGUAUCGGCUGAACAUUGCAUUCAUCGCCGUCACAUCCGCCAUCAUUGCACUUCGCUUGAUAGUGCGGAUCUUUGUCGUGAAGCAUGUUUCCGCAGACGAUUUUCUCAUGGUGGCCGCGGGACUAUUUGCAACCGCCUUCUCCGCCAUGGCCAUUGUUGGGAUACGCUAUGGCCUUGGGAGGCAUAUAUGGGACCUUCCACAGGACAUUCAGUUUAUCAAGCGGACCAAGAAAGUGAUUCAGACACUGUGGAUAUGUCAAGUCAUGUAUGUGACGGCUCUUAUGCUGGUCAAGACAUCCAUUGUCGUCUCCUAUCUCCGAGUCUUUCCCACCACCCUCUUCCGCCGGACCAUGUACGCCCUCAGCGUCGGCAUUAUCUGCGUUUGGAUUUGCAGCAUCCUGGUCACCAUUUUCCAAUGCCACCCAGUCCAAGGGGCCUGGGAUUUCACCCUUCCAAGGGACUGCCUCCCUAUCGUGAAGUUCUACUAUUUCACCACCGCCUUCUCCAUCUUCACGGAUUUUCUGCUGUGCACACUGCCACUGCCGGUAUUCUGGAGACUGAAGCUUCCACCACGGCAAAAGUAUAUUGUGUCCCUCCUGUUCGCAAUCGGCCUGUUUGCAACCGUGGCAUCGGCUCUACGGAUCAGCGUGCUCAAGAACGUGGACAGUCUCGAUGUGACCAUGGGCUCGGUGUCGACCAUGAAAUGGUCCGUGGUCGAGGUGGGCACCGGGAUUAUCUGCGCAUGCAUCCCGUGUUUGAAACCCCUGUUUAGGAAAUUCUUGCUGGACAAGACCCUCUCCAACAACUCCGGUGCUCGUUCCGCCGCCAAAGGUCCACUUACCCCCAGACCGACCACCGCGGGCGAAGAAGGCCAUGAGCUGACCAAGCCUUCUCUGGGCGGCUGGGCCCCAGCCUCAGCCUGGAGCCGGCCAGAGGACACGAGGACGAAGACCGGGCCAAUGGUGACAACCAAGAACUUCAUCUAA